CUGUUCAAGAUUGUGGUAAUCGGUGACCACUUUUCCGGAAAGUCGUGCAUCCUGCUGCGUUUUUCCGAGAAUGCGUUUCGGCCCGACCACGUGUCGACGAUCGGUAUCGAUUUUAAACUGAGGACUAUUCAACUCGGCCGUGACCGAAUCCGCAUGGAGUUGUGGGACACGGCUGGUAUGGAACGGUACCGGACAAUCUACAAUAGCUACUAUUACUAUGCACACGGCGUGGUCAUCGUUUACGACAUUACCAGCCGGAAGUCGUUCACGAACGUCAAGGACUACUGGCUGAACGAGGUGCGAUCGAAUGCACCGCCGACCGCUGUCCUCAUGCUCGUCGGCAACAAGUGCGAUCUGACCGCUGACCGCAAGGUGCAGUUCGACGAAGCCGAGCGGUUCGCCAGCGAGAUGAACGUUUCUUUGUUCGAGGUGAGCGCCAAAACGGGUAUCAACAUCGACGACGCGUUCCAAGAGUUGGCCAGGUUUUUUUUGAACGUUUUAAAACGGUCGCGAGCAUACGUUCCUCGUAAAGUAUUUGCGAACUAA